CGGCUCCUCUGCCUGUGUAGGCUCCUGAGAAAACUGAACUACAAUUCAUUUAAGACGUCAGCAAACAGUUCACUGGAUGAUUGAUGGCUGCUGUUUGGACCCGUGCUGAGCUGGACCUGAGAGAGGUGAACUUCUGCAGAACCUCAGCAUGAUCAUGGCGGCGGUGGGGUCAGAGGUCACGGGUUCGUGGUUCCUGUCCUUGGAGGUCGUUGGUUUCUUCAUCCUCCUCCUCCUGCUCUCCAUCUUCCUCACAGCUCUCUGCAGCGACUGUGGGAGGCGUUCGUUCGAGCUGCGAGAUCCUGAAGUGGACAGAAAUCCCUCCAGUCUCAUCCGGGUGGUGAAGCUGGAGGAGGCUCUGGGGGCAAGAGAGAAUCCGAUGAUCAACGAGAUCCAGAACGACGAGAAAGGAGACGCGGCGUCGUUUACUCCCUGGAGGAGCCACCUGGGGGCGCCACAGAACCACCAGGUGACUCAGACCAAUGGCAGCACAGCGGUGAUAAAGACGACGAGCGGAUCUGAGACUUCUGGAGAUGAAACCCCGGUCUCGUUCACUCCGUGGAGGAGCCACCUGGGGGCGCCACAGAGUCGAGAUCUGAACGGCUCCGCCCCUCAGGACCACAUCUACAGCGUCAUCGGAGGAGGGCGGGGCAGCAGCGCUGGUGACGCUGACGCAUCAUCACCAACAACCAAUCAAGAGCCGGGGGAGGAGUCCAGCGCUCGCUCUGGAGUGGCGCUCGAUUUGAAUGACAGGAAUUCAAUGUACGCACGAGUCAGCAAGAAGGAGAGACAAGCCACGCCCCCUGUUCAUACACCUGAGGAGGUGCAGGUGGAGCAGGAGGAGGAGGAGGAGGAGGAGUCUCCUCCGCUGCCUGACAGGAGGACACAGCUGGAGGGAUGACGAUGAUGAUGAUGAUGAUGAUGAAGAUGAUUAAGGACAUGAGAUGAAACAAAGAACGAGAGAAGAAGAAAAAAGAAAACAUUUUUCACAUUGAACUCUGAACACGUCACAUGACACACGUCACAUGACACGUCACAUGACACGCGUCACAUGACACACGUCACAUGACACGUGUCACAUGUCACAUGACACGCGUCACAUGACACGCGUCACAUGACACACGUCACAUGACACACGCCACACGUCACAUGACUGAUUGGUUUCCAGCCAUCAGCUCAGAGCUGCUGUGGUUCUGGUUCUGGUUCUGGGUGGAGUGACUGGCUCUCUUCAUGAUCCAGAUCCUGCAGGAACCUCCUCUGUCGGACAUUUUAAACUAUCAUGUCUGAAGAAUAAAAUGAUUGUAUUUUGAGGAAAUUGUUGUACAAGCGUUAAUGUUUAACACACAGGACAUUUAUUGAGACAGGUAGAAGUGUAGCCACGUGGUUUUGAAGAGAGCUGAUGUCGCUGUGACGUGUGACUCCGUCACUCUGACAUGUUAGUAAUUAAAUAAGACAGCACGACUGAACCUGCUCUCAGCCUGAGAGGCUACAAGCUAAUUCACCGACUCAUUCUUGUCAAUCAGCUGUCCUCAUGACACUGAAACCAGACGCUGAUGUAAAGGUUUCUAUAUGGUCCGAUCUGGCCCGUGUCCACAUAAUGUUCUUCCUGGGCAGAACAGUUCUGGCUCUGUGGAGCGCUCUGAAAAAAGUUCUCUGCAGCUGGAACUAUUGAAAAAAGUUGCUGGUGGUCAGAACUAAACUCCAUGUGGACCCGGGCCUCAUCCUCCGUUGACUGUUGUGGUUCGAUUGAUUGUACAGAGGAGGAAAUGGUCGUUUGUUGUCUGAGAUAUUUGGUUGAGUAAACGUUGUGUUACAGAAACUGAAGAUGAUUUGAU